UACCAACAAUUUUUACCUCUCCAAAAACCUCCGACCCCCCCGAGCCUAUUUCUACUAUCUUCCUGUACUCCAUUCUCUCUCAUUCCUUCAACAGUGAAGCAAAUCUCUACAUGUUCUUUCUCUCUUUUCUUCCUUUUUAUCUCCUCUACAGCACCAGAAUUAUAUAAGGAACUAAACAAAGGGAAGACACAAGGAACCCAUUGCUUGGUUCUUUGUUCUUUUUUUUGGAGGGGUUUCUGCAGCGUCCAUCUGGGCUUGGUGUACUUUUGUAUGACGAUUGAGCUGGCGAGGCAGAAGAGAAGAAAGGGGUCUAUGAACAGCAGAAGCCGGAAACUAAUGCUGAGUCCAGUUCAGCAUCUGUAUGAGACCUGCAGCGAAGUGUUUGCUGAUGGAAAGGCUGGCUUUGUUCCGCCCCCGAAGGAUAUCGAGCGGCUGAGAUCAGUUCUGGAUAACCUGAAACCGGAGAAUGUCGGCCUGUCAGCAGACAUGCCAUAUUUCAGGGCAACUGGAUCCGACGAAGUUCCUCCUCCAGUGACGUACCUACAUAUCUAUGAAUGUGAUAAAUUCUCGAUUGGGAUCUUCUGCUUGCCGCCAUCUGGUGUUAUUCCCCUUCAUAAUCAUCCAGGCAUGACUGUUUUCAGUAAGCUCCUCUUUGGGUCGAUGCACAUCAAAUCAUAUGAUUGGGUGGCCGAUGUUUCGUACAGCAAGAACCAGAAUACACACCAUGAGGACUUGGCAGCACUCCAGCAUGAACCCCGGUUAGCCAAGGUUCAUGCUGACUCUGAUCUGACUGCACCUUGCAAAACCUCAGUUCUCUAUCCAAAUGCAGGAGGCAAUAUGCACUGCUUCACAGCAUUGACUCCAUGUGCCAUGUUAGAUGUGCUGGGUCCACCCUACUCCGAUGAUGAAGGCCGCCACUGUACAUACUACAAUGAUUUUCCUUAUGCCACAUUUUCAGGAGAUACGGGAUCAUUACAAGCAGAGGAGAUGGAAGGAUGUGGGUGGCUUAAAGAAAUGGAGAAACCCGAGAGCUUUGUCGUGGUUGGAGCAAUGUAUAGAGGCCCACAGUUUGUGGAGAAUUGACUUUACUUGCCUUCCCAGGCACCUUGUAAAUGGCUGCGGUCUUUUCUGUUGUGAUGGAACUUUACCCUCGCAUAGGCUCUAGUGUAGAUGCCCAACUAAAGCGAAAAGUGACAUCCAAAAUAGAUUGUAGGGAGCUUGUCAUCUUUAUGGUUCUUUUACGUAGAUUAUUACCUUGUUCUUUUGUUGCUGGCCCUUGUCGUUAAUAGAAGUUUGCAUAUCAAUCUCUCGUCUUGGUUUGAGAUGGGAGUUUGGUUGUUUAAUUGUUUUUUUCAA